CGUCAUGCUGACGACAGAGUGUUGUUACCCCUGCCUGAGUUCAAACAACAGUUCAAAACUGACAGAUAUGUUUUAAAAGCGGGUUUCUAAAUACAAGAACAGGGACGUAACGUGAGGGUGUCUGUGGCUUCUUGAAUUACUUUACAGGCACAGGGUGUCUGUCCUUCGUGCGGAGGCGCGCUUUGUGAUUGGAGGAUACGGGGGUCUCCUGAGCGCUGCCCCCUCGCUUCUCCGCGCUCGACUCACACCGAGGAGGGUUCUUGGAGUCGGUGGUUACUGUUUUGCUCAGUUUCUCAGUGGAAGUGAUCUUUGUAUUUUCGGCUAUGGUUGUCAGGGAGCUGUGUGUGUUCGUGUUGGUCGCUGUGGCGCACUGGGCGAGUCUCUCCGCCGCCGCCGCCGCCUUCUCGCAGUCGAUGGACAGCGACUUCACAUUCACCCUCCCGGCGGGCCGCAAGGAGUGCUUCUUUCAGACUAUGAAGAAGGACGCCUCGCUGGAGAUAGAGUACCAGGUGCUAGACGGGGCAGGUCUGGAUGUGGAUUUCUAUCUCUCCUCUCCGUCGGGGAAUGUGCUGGCCAGGGAUCACAGGAAGUCAGACGGGGUCCACACGGUGGAGACGGAGGACGGGGAUUACAUGUUCUGUUUCGACAACUCCUUCAGCUCUAUCUCGGAGAAGAUCAUUUUCUUCGAGCUGAUCCUGGACAACAUGGAUGGCGGGGGAGAGGAGGACCCCGAGGACUGGAGGGAGUACGUGCACGGCACUGACCUGCUGGACAUGAAGCUGGAGGACAUCCUGGAUGCGAUGAACAGUGUGAAGGCUCGGCUGGGUAAGAGCGUGCAGAUCCAGACGCUGCUGCGUGCCUUCGAGGCGCGGGACCGCAACCUGCAGGAGAGCAACUCCCAGCGCGUCAACCUGUGGAGCAUCACCAAUCUGCUGGUCAUGGUGCUGGUGUCAGGGGUGCAGGUCUACCUGCUGCGGAGCCUGUUCGAGGACAAGAGGAAGAGCCGCACGUAGCGCCAGCCCCCAAAAACACACCCCACCCGGGACGGGGACAACCACUUUGUUACUGGUUUUGAAAUGGAUUUUUUUUUUUUUCUUUUUUAAAACAGCAAUACUUCCGCUUCUCUCUAGCUGCUCUGUGGGAACAGGAGCUGCUGCUUCUCAGACUUUCAGGUAGAGAGGCGUUUUAGGGAGACCCCACUGAGUCAUGGAGAGCGAGCUGCUUCUUCAUGGGUUUAGCUGCGCUUGUGUUUUUUUUUUUUGUUUGUUUGUUUUUUUCUGCUACCCAGAACCUCCUAGCAAAAGGGCCUCAGAGGAUCGCACCCUCAUGUCUACGCCAGGCCUUCAGUUCCUGUCCCUGUGUUGGGGAAGAGAAGCCACAAACACAAACAGCACAUCCUGUGCUGCUGCUGCUGCUGAGAGCAGUCAUUGCUCAGACAAUCCCUGCUGCCCACUGCCCGCUGUAUACUCAGAAACAAAGUUCUUCUGCACGGAAUGAGAUGCAGGAGUUUUAUAUUGGACUGUUACGAGAGUUUUCUGGUCUGCCUGCAGAGGCUCUCCAGAGCUUGUUACUGCUUCUGCCUGGAAAGACAAGACCCUGUACUGCAGGCAGAGUAACUGCUCCUGCCCUUGCCCCCGCCCCUGUCCCGCUCCAGCCCCUGCACUGCUCCAGCCCCUGCCCCUGCCCCCGCCCCCACCCCGCUCCGCUCCAGCCCCUGCCCUUGCCCCCGCCCCGCUCCAGCCCCUGCCCCUGCCCUGCUCCAGCCCCCGCCCCGCUCCAGCCCCUGCCCUUGCCCUGCUCCAGCCCCUGUCCCGCUCCAGCCCCUGCACUGCUCCAGCCCCUGCCCCCGUCCCUGCCCCGCUCCAGCCCCUGCCCCUGUCCCGCUCCAGCCCCUGCCUCGCUCCAGCCCCUGCCCCGCUCCAGCUCCAGCCCCUGCCCCGCUCCAGCCCCUGCACUGCUCCAGCCCCUGCCCCCGUCCCUGCCCCGCUCCAGCCCCUGCCCCUGCCCCUCUAAGAUUGCCCUUACACUUUCUCUGCUGCUCUCAGUGUAACACAAGGAGCACAGAAAACACUGACAGUGAGAGCUACUGCUUUCACUCCCUACACCACACUUUUGUAAUGGGAAUAUUUUAUAGGCAGUAAGAUCCGCUUUGUAAAGGGAGCCCUCAACUCUUCAUCUGCAUUGUUCUGAUGCAAGUCUCUGUCGGCCCCAGUUAAAGAAGUGCUGAGUGCGGUGGAGGCGCCCGGCCACAGCUCUCAGCCACCAGGGUUCAGUUACAAUCACUUCACAUGUAUAAUGUUUUAUUUUGAAAGUACUUGGAUCAAUUACUGCAGCAGCUAAUAUAUAUAUAUAUAUAUAUAUAUAUAUAUAUAAUAUAUAUUUUAGUUUUUAAUUGAAACAAAAAUAAAAACCGGCUGUAGUGUUGGUGGGGUGCUGGGGCUGACAAGCCCUGGUUUAGUGCACCAGAGAGGUACUCUCUAGCUCAGAGCAGAGCAUGUGUUCACUGCACCCUCCUCACAUGCACUCCACACUUCUGCAAUAACGCUUGGAAAACGUACGAAAGAUGAUGUGCUUGCUAUGCCUACAACACAAAAAAAAUGUAAUUGCGUAGAAACGCUUCUGCUAAUCUAAAAUGAUGAAGUUUCAGAAAGUAAAGGUUUUAUUUAAACAUUGAAAUAAAUGCAAGUCAAUGUUAGAAGCAAAAA